GAACGGUGUGCAGCCCUUGAAGCCAACCGUGUAGUUCUUUGAACGGCGAGUGAAGAUGGUUGUGAAGGUGUGCAUUCAGCAAAACUCGGCGGUCAGUUUCGUGCCGCACGUGGUAGCGGAGCUCCUGAAAGAUGCUCUCCAAAUAGAACUCAGCUACAGCCAGGCGACUAACAUUACUCUCGGGUCAACGUGUGUGUCUGGAGCCCAUGCUGUGGCGCGGACUCUGGUCCGAAUGGCUCCACCCUCUCCAAGCCCCUCUCUUUAUGGCAAUAACGACCUGGAGAAGGCAGAGGUGGACCACUGGCUAGAGUACAGUGUGGCGAGGCUCACCCAGCAAGCCGCGACCUCCGCGACCUUGGCAGAGUUGGAUGCAGUUCUGGUGUCUCGUGUGUUCCUCGUCGGCUACCAUUUCUCUCUCGCUGACAUCGCCGUCUACAGCAGUCUCAGAGUGGUCUCCCAGAGCCUGUCCCUCUCCCCCUACCUUAACCUCAGCAGAUGGUAUGACUAUUGUGGAACCUGGCAGGCUGUCAAGACAUCAUCUCGUCUCCUGCCACUCGAGGAGAAGACGAAGCAGAGAGACGUUGGUCAGUUUGCAGAGAUGCCAAUGGCUGAGAUGGGAAAGGUCGUAGUUCGAUUUCCCCCCGAGGCCUCUGGCUACCUCCACAUCGGUCAUGCCAAGGCCUGUCUGGUAAAUCAGCACUACCAGCUGGCUUACAGGGGGAAACUGAUCAUGAGAUUCGACGACACUAACCCCGAGAAAGAGAAGGAGCAUUUCGAAAAGAUCAUCUUAGAGGACGUGGAAAUGCUCCAGGUGAAACCGGACAUCUUCUCAUACACCAGUGACCAUUUCGACACACUGUUGGAUCUGAUGGAGCGACUACUGCGAGAUGGGAAGGCCUUCGUCGACAGCACACCUCCUGACCUCAUGAAGGCCAACAGAGAGGCAAGGAUCAAGUCCCCUUGUCGAGACCAGAGUGUUGAGGAGAACCUGUCUCUGUGGGAGGAGAUGAAGAAAGGGUCAGAGGUCGGUCUCAAGUGCUGUGUGCGGGGGAGGAUGGAUUAUUUGUCUGACAAUGGAGCUCUCCGAGACCCCACCCUCUACCGCUGCAAGCUGGAGCCACACCCACGCACCGGCACCAAAUACAAGGUGUAUCCGACGUAUGACUUUGCCAUCUCCAUAGUAGACAGUAUUGAGGGAGUCACCCAUGCCAUGAGGACGACGGAAUACCAGGACAGAGAUGAGCUGUAUUCGUGGGUCCUGAAGGCUAUGGGAAUGAGGGUUCCCUAUCUCUAUGAGUACAGCAGACUCAACCUCCAGAACACUGUCCUGUCGAAGAGGAAACUGAGGUGGAUCGUUGAUCAGGGGAUCGUCACUGGCUGGUGGGUGUGGGCAAUGUAUUUGUGAUUAUUAUUUGCAAGGGCAAGUUCACUCACUAAAUGAUUGUGUUGCGUAAGAGUUCUUGUUCAAAAAAUUGUGGAGCAGUGAAAAACACUCAGAAAACAUGCAAACACGUUGAAGCAGUUAAAGAAACAUUUUCAUGCACAGAGGAAAAAAAACAUGCAAGCGUGCAAAGAGAAUGUUGAGGAGAAAGGCGCAGAAGAAUAGGUUUGCAGUUGUUGAUUGAUGAUGUUGUUGCCAGGGACGACCCUCGUUUCCCGACGGUGCGUGGUAUCCUGAGGAGAGGAAUGACAGUGGAAGGACUGAAGAACUUCAUCAUGGCACAGGGCUCAUCGAGAGCCAUUGUCAUGAUGGAGUGGGACAAGAUAUGGGCCUGCAACCGCAAGGUGAUAGAUCCAGUUGCUCCUCGUUACACUGCAUUGCUCAAGUCAGAAGUCGUCACCAUGGUAAUAGCAGGGACAAAAGAGGAGAUGAAACUCCACCCCAGACACCCAAAGAACCCAGAGGUGGGGCAGAAAGAGGUGUGGUACUCUCAGAAGAUAUUUGUGGAGGGAGCUGAUGCAGAAACACUCCAAGAAGGAGAAACUGUCACCCUACUCAACUGGGGGAACGUCCUCGUAUCCAAGGUUACCAGGCGUGAGGGUAAGGUGGUGUUGUUGGAAGGGGAGCUGGCUCUGGAGAAUACUGAGUUCAAGAACACGCAGAAGUUGACUUGGCUGGCAGACUGUGGCCCCGCCCAGACCACACCCACCAUCUGCUACCACUUUGAUCACAUCAUAACGAAGGGAGUUCUCAAACCUGAGGACAACUUUGAGGAUUACAUCAACUACAACUCAAAGGUGGAGUACGAGAUGAUGGGGGAUCCUUGUCUCCACGGCGUCCAGAAAGGUGACAUCAUCCAACUCCAGAGGAGAGGAUUCUUCAUCUGUGACGAGCCGUUCCAUCCCCGUUCCGUUCACUCCGGACUGGAGUCACCCUGUGUCCUGUUCCACAUUCCAGACGGACACACAAAACCAAUGCCCACCUCUGGCAGCAAGAAGAAGAAGGCUGAUGGACCGCUGUUGCCAGAGCAACCAAUCAAGAAGCUAAAGUCGUCGGCUGACCACACCCUCUUUAACGAUGAGGCUGUGGAACAAGUGAAGGAAAAGAUCGAAGUUCAAGGGGAGAAAGUCCGAUCUCUCAAAGCGAGCGGUGCCAGCAAGGAGGUGAUAGACGCAAAGGUAGCGUCAUUGCUGAGUCUGAAGGCACAGUACAAGUCCCUAACAGGUAAAGAUCUUGUUGCCAGUGCGGGGAGGAGAGGAGGCAAGCCGGACAAGGAGAAGAAAGAGAAGGAGAAGAGAGAGAAGGAAAGGGAGAAGAAGGACAAGGAGAAGAAGAAGGAGAAGAAGAGACAGGCUGAGACAGUCGCAGCAGCUGCUAAGAAAGAGGCUGAGGGAGAAGCAGGACGCAAGAAACAGACAAGGCUUGGAAUGGAGUGUAAGAAGGAAGAGAACUUGUCAGAGUGGUACACGCAGGUGAUCACCAAGGCGGAGAUGGUGGAGUACUAUGACGUCAGUGGAUGCUACAUCCUGAGACCGUGGUCCUUCGCCAUCUGGGAAAAGAUACAAGCAUUCUUUGACAAAGGCAUCAAGGCCUCGGGAGUCGAAAAUGUCUAUUUCCCCAUGUUUGUCUCUCGUGCCGCCCUCGAAAAGGAAAAAGAUCACAUCGCCGAUUUUGCCCCAGAGGUUGCCUGGGUGACGAGAAGUGGUAGUUCGGAGCUAGCAGAGCCGAUUGCGGUGCGGCCGACCUCCGAGACCGUCAUGUACCCAGCCAUCGCUAAGUGGGUCCAAUCUCAUAGGGACCUCCCCAUCAGGAUGAACCAGUGGUGUAACGUCGUGAGGUGGGAGUUCAAACAUCCUCAGCCGUUCCUCAGAACACGAGAGUUCCUGUGGCAGGAGGGACACAGCACCUUCGCCAACAAACCAGACGCCGAGGCUGAGGUGAUGGAGAUACUGCAACUGUAUCGGGCAGUGUACGAGGAGCUGCUGGCGAUUCCAGUCAUCCCUGGGAGGAAGACAGAGAAGGAGAAGUUUGCCGGAGGAGACUAUACGACUACCAUCGAGGCCUUUAUCUCCGCCAGUGGGCGGGGAAUACAGGCAGCAACGUCACAUCAUUUGGGACAGAAUUUCUCCAAAAUGUUCAACAUUGUCUUUGAGCACCCAGAUAAGGAAGGAGAACAUGAAUUUGCCUAUCAGAAUUCGUGGGGCUUAACGACUCGUACAAUUGGUGUCAUGACGAUGGUGCAUGGUGAUAACAGUGGCCUCAUUCUUCCUCCGAGAGUGGCGACGGUACAAGUGAUAGUGGUGCCAUGUGGAAUUACUGCGUCCACCUCUGACCAGGAGAGGUCGGAUCUCAUCUCCUACUGCCAAGAUGCCAUCGACUGCCUCAAGGAAGCCGGGUACCAUUGCCGUGGUGAUUUCCGUGACAACUACUCUCCCGGCUGGAAAUUCAAUCACUGGGAGCUAAAGGGAGUUCCCCUACGAAUGGAGGUGGGGCCUCGAGAGAAGGAGAGAGGGGAGUACGUACUGGUGAGUAGAGUGGACAGGAAUCACAGAGAAAUGGUUGCCGUGGGAGACGUGAAGGUCAAGGUUCAGGCAAUGUUGGACGGCAUUCACGAGGAAUUGUUCAGAAGGGCAAAGGCUGAUCUGGACUCGGGAGUGGUUGUCGUGGAAACCUGGGAUGAGGUGUGCAGAGCUCUGGACAACAAGAAGCUGCUAGUGACCCCCUUCUGUGGGGAAACCCCCUGCGAGGAACUCUUCAAGAAAGAGAGUGCUAGAGGUGAGGACGUGGAACCAGGGGCUCCCGCCAUGGGCGCCAAGGCUCUCUGUAUUCCGUUUGACCCCCCGCGACCUCUGACCCCCGGGACCCUGUGCGUCAGACCCGACUGUGGGGGUGUGGCCAAGUUCUACACUCUCUUCGGUCGCAGCUACUGACGCCGACCAUUGGAACUCUAUUACUGACUGCCAUUAUUGCUAGCUGAUGAUUUCGUACUAUUGCUAGUUGUGUAAUACAUGCUUUGACAUGAUCAGUUGUAGUAAUUGUCACCUGCUGUCAGCAUGCGAAGAGUGGGAGGGU